AUGUUUUUUUCAGAAUCGAGACUUGGCACAAAUGAAAAGGUUAAAAAUGAUAAAAGUGUUUUAGAUAAUGGAACUGAUUCUAUUUUAGAGUGGAAAAGAACUUUUCAAAAUGAUGAAGAAGAUAUUGCAACCUUACUUGCCAAUCAACUUAAUAAUGAAACAUGUUCAGAUGAUCCUAAUGUUGAUGUAAAUGUUGAAACGACUACAAUUACAUCUUUAGAAAAUGUCAUUACUAAAGAACCUGAAAAAAAGGAAGAAAAUAAAGUCAUGUACAGAGGAAAGUUAAGAAAGCUUUUUAGUUGUCAAGUAGAAGGCUGUCUUUACAAAACAUUAUUGAGGAAAGACAUUGAGAGGCACUCUAGAGUUCAUACAGGGGAAAGACCAUUUAAAUGUUACCUUUGCGACAAAGCUUUUAACAGAACAGAUAAACUUCUUCUUCAUCAGAGAAUUCAUGCUGGAGACAAAAGGUACAAGUGUACAAAAUGUGAUUAUGCUUCUGUAGAUUCCGGAAGUUUAAUUAAACAUCUUAGAGUUCACAAUGGAGAAAGACCUUUUAAAUGUCAACUGUGUUCCUACAGAGCAAGAGAUUCCUCACAGUUGACGGUUCAUUUAAGGACUCACACGGGGGAUUCUCCAUUUAUUUGCACGAAUAGCAAAUGUAAAGCUGCAUUUAAAACAAAUUCAGAUUUAAAACGUCACAUGGUUAUACAUUCAGAAGAAAAACCUCACUCUUGCACGUACUGCCCAUAUAAAAGUACAUUAAAACGGAAUCUUCAAAUUCACAUUCAGUCUCAACAUCCAAAUGGAGAACUCAAAGAAUACAGGUGUCAUUUAUGUCCUCAACUAGUAUUGCCAACUUCUCGAAAGUUAAAAAAUCACGUGAGAAAACAUCAUGGGAUAUUAGAUGAAAAAUUAAACAAAGUUCAAACCGUGAACAAUUGCGGUGAGGAAAACGAUGGGAAAUGUAUGGAAAAACACGAAGCGUACAAGAAAAGAAGGAGAAAAACGGGAAGAAACAAUGAUAAAAUCGCUGUCGGGAUCAUGAACAAAGCUUACGAUUGCAAACAGUGUGAUGCUUCGUUUGUUUGUCAGGACUCCCUCGUAACACACGAGAGAUAUCAUAGUAAAAUCGAAAAAGAAAUGCGAAGUAGAACGGAAUUCAAUCAAGGUAAUAUUGAUUAUAUCAACGGAAACGGAAACGGAAACGGAGAAGGUCAGGAAAUAAACAAAAAAAUUAAAUAUUCCGAUAAUGGAGAUUUAAUAUCAAAUGAUGAUAAUUGUAACAUUGAUAAUUCCCUGAGUGACAGUUUGAAAAAUGCCGAAAUAUUAGCAUCUCUAAAUACGACGACACACGAAAUUAGCAGUAUAAGACAAUACGUCAUGAUAGCACCGGAAGCAAUACAAAAUGUAUAUAAUCCAGAAGAAUACGCCUUGGUACAAAAUUAA